UGACAUAAUCGGAUAGAAAAAUUCUAAUAUUCUAAAAAUAAUCUAAUAAGAACGAUUAUAAUUGUACGAAUAAACGUUAUUAUGUCGACUUACAUAAAAUAGCGACAUAUAAACAUUGAAUAUGCAUAUAAAAUAUGAAAUGUGCUAAAAAUAUAUAUAUAUAUUUUCCAUAAAUUUUCACAUAAAUCUUUCAAUCUUUAUGUAACAAGCAUUUAAAAGGUUAUAAACAAGUUAUAAGGGGGCAUCAUCUUGGUAUUAUUCAUAUUGUUCUUUUGGCGUCCCCACCGUUGUUGAACUCAUAUUUGACCUGUUGUUGGCCAGAAUUAUCUGAUCAUUUAGAUCGAUAGCGGCUAUUAAGUAGAAGAAGAAGAAACAAGUUAUAAACUUUGUAUAAACAGUGUCAAUCAAUUUAUUUCUGUUAUUUAACUUAUAUUGUAAAGGAUGAUAUGAAUGGUUCCUAAAUUUAUAUAAAAUGAAAUUUAGGCUUGAAAAAUAUCUUAAGCAAUUUUGUAGAUUACGAUCUUCUUGGAUACACACAUUGCCUAUCGAAACAUCAGGAAAAAAAGGGGCCAGCGAGAAAUUAUGCUUGCCUGAACCAGAAUAUGAUACAGAUUUUUUAUGCAACCCCAGAAAUCGCGAUGCUAUUUUAAAUAAUAUUAGAAGAAGAAAGGAUAUUGGUGAUAUCGAUAGAGUUCUUGAAUUUUCAGACAAGCCUGAGAAGCGAGAAUUGUUCUUGCAAGAGUUAAGUAAAAUACCAAAUUGUACACAUUCUGCAGUACUUGAAUAUGGCGAUGUACCAAAGCUUUUAAAGCAAAGUGGCGAGAAAGUAAAAUUUGAUUUUGAACCUAAAGAGUUUGCUGAGCUUGCUACUAAUCUAAAAACAAUAAGAACACAAUCCCUAGGUCCUAUUGCAGGACAGAGAAGUUAUAUACUUUUGGGUGAUUUGGCAGAACUGGAAGAUGCAUUGAUUCAAUACACUAUUAGAAAAUUGAUGAAGCAUGGAUUUAAGCUAGUAUCAGUUCCUGAUAUUAUUCAAACUAAUAUAAUUGAAAGAUGUGGUUUAAUAGUGGAUGGUGGUCGAACUCUUGUAUACAAUUUGGAAUCUUGUUACGACGAUGAUUAUAGUUUGUCUGGAACUGCAGAAAUGUCAUUAGCUGGGAAGCUAAUGAAUACUACAUUCUCAUAUGAUAAAUUACCAAUGAAACUAGUCGCUGUUAGUCGAUGUUAUCGCGCCGAGGGUUCAAGUUCACUUGAUGAAAGGGGAAUCUAUAGAGUUCAUCAAUUUACCAAAGUAGAAAUGUUUGUCUGUUCUGAACCAUGCCAAUCUGAGAAAGUGUUUCAAGAUCUUCAAGAUAUACAGGAGGAAUUGUUCUCUUCAUUAGGAUUACAUUUUCAAAUAAUGGAUAUGCCCCCAACUGAUUUAGGUUCAUCAGCUUAUAGAAAAUGUGAUAUGGAAGUCUGGAUGCCUGGAAGAAAGUUGUAUGGUGAAUUGUCUAGUUGUAGUAAUUGUACAGAUUAUCAAUCUAGACGUCUUAACAUCAAGUACAGGACAGAAGAGGGAAAUAUAGUUCAUGUGCACACAUUGAAUGGAACUGCAUGUGCGAUACCUCGCAUGUUAAUCGCUUUAUGCGAGACUUACCAGACAAAACAUCACCGCAUUAUUGUACCAGAGAAGUUGGUGCCUUUAAUGAAGGGUAAAACACUUAUUAGGACGCAACCUAUAGCAGACAUGAGACUUUAUAAAUACAAGCAAAAAUUAAAUCCAAGUAAAACGAUAAUAUCCUAAACAAGUAAGCGUCCGGGAUCGAAUUCGGGACUUAUGAAAUAUGAAUCGAAUUACAUGGAUCUACAUACAUAUUCAUAAAUAUAUAUAUAUAUAUGUAUAUAUAAAUAAAAUGUGUAUAUAAAAGAAAAAUUUUCGUAAAAAAUUUGCUCAUUUUGUUAAAAGGAAGUUAGGAAAUGCUGAAAGAGAAAGAGAAAGAGAGGUCGAAUAUUAAACACCACCUGUCAGUAUAUAUUUUCUAUAAACUAGUACAAUAUUAUUAUAUACAAAGAAAGACAGGGAUCCGAAAAUUGUACGUACACAGGGAUAAAGAUUUUUUUUCUUUUCUUAUGAUUUCUUUGUUAUUCUGUAUAUAUUUUGUAGUGGAGUUUAUAAAAAUGUAACACAAAAUAUUUUUUCUUAAAGUAAUACAAUUCAAAGACAUUGCAAAUUUACAGUUCCUUAACAUUGAUUGGUAUUAGUAUUAUGGUUUUUAUUGACAAUUUAAAAAUUUUCUAUUUUUUCGAUUACCUGAUUCAUCAUGAUGUACCUAACAUUGACUUAAGUUUUAUUUUUAUUUUGUAUAAUUUUAAUAAAGUCUAUGUCUUUUCCGAUUGAUA